ACAAUUCCCAGUUCACAACAAAAUGGUGGUAUACCCAAAGCUAGGUGCUCGUCGGACGAAUUGAGUCUGUAAAGUUCGCCGCUAUACGCGCCCGCAGAGAGUGCAUGACCGUAGUGUGAAGACAUCUGCUUGAUCCAGAUGAGACGUCUAUAUCUUGUGGCAUUCUCCAUCCUGGCCCUUUCAAUGCAAAUCUGCAGUGGCAGGCCGCAACUAAGUAAAGAUGUGACAAACUUUGAAUGCAACCAAGACGACUCAGUGGUGACUGAAUCCUCUCAAAAUGCAUCAGACUACAAGAGUACAGAAGUUACGGUCAUUGGUACCCUCAAGGACAUUUCCGAGAUCCUGAAAAACAAGUUCAUAGCCAUCGGGGACAAAAUAAAGGACAAGCUGCAUGAACUAAACCAAGCUUACGGCGAUCAGGCCGAAAAUAUCAAAGUAGAGCUUAAGCGUUUGAAACAGCAACUGAAAGACUCCACCCAGGCUCUCAAAGAGAAAAUGCAGGACCUCUUCAGGAAAAGCCAGUACGCAUCGCUGUGCGAACAUGCCAGCAAUUUUCGGGAAAAAAUAGUCGAGAUUCGAGAAAGACUUAAUGAGUUUAUGAAGGCCGCGAAGGAUAUCACCGGCGAUAAAUUGAGACAGAUGCAGGAACGGGCGAAGAAGUUAAGAAAGCAGAUUAAAAUUAAAAUACAGGAACUUUUUCAUGGCUCUAGAGAUUCUCAGGAGGCUCUUUACCAUCUAAGCGAUGACGACAAUAAUGAAGAUAAUGAGGCCUAUGUUAUCGCAACCCUUAAAGACAUUUCCAAGACCAUGAAGGAGAGGUUUCUUAUUAUAGUCGAGCAAUUGAAGCAGAAAUUUGCCAAGCUGAAGCAGGUUGGUUUAAAGGAUACGGAAGAGAUCAAAAUGCAGAUACACAAUCUGAAGAAAACGUUGGCCGACUCUGUUGGAGCUAUAAAGCAGAAGGUUGGAGAAUUGCUUAACCCGGCUCAGUAUGCGUCACUAGGAAAACACGUGAUGAAAAUUAUUGCUAAGAUGGCCAAUCUUCGCGAAACGCUUAACAAACUUAAGGAAGAAGUAAAGAGAGUAAGUGGUGAGAAACUGGCGAGGCUUAAGGAGAUAAUCAAAGAAACGCGUCAGAAAAUCAGGGAGCACAUUCAGGAACUCAUAUACGGCUCCAGCUAUUCUCCCAUGGCUCUAUACCACGAAAGCGACGAUGACAAUGAGGACAAAGAUGGUGAGGCUUACUUUAUCGAAACACUUGAAGACAUCUCCAAGACCCUCAAGGAUAAGUUUCUCAUUCUUGUCGUGCGCUUGAAGCAGAUAUUUGCGGAGCUCCAGCAAGUUGGCGGUAAACACACAGAGAAGAUUAAAGCGCAAAUUCAGAAUCUUAAAGAGAAAGUGGCCGAUGUCCGCGAAGAGAUAAAGCCAAAGAUUCAAGCAUUGGUUAAACCAACACAGUAUGCAUCAUUCAAAGGACAUACGAUGGAAACGUUCCGUAAAUUGCUCAAGAUUCAAGAGCAGCUUUUCAAGUUCCUGGCAGACGUGCAAGAGGUCACUGCUGACAAAGCGGAAGCGCUUGAAAAACUCAUUAAAAGAACGCUUCAGGAAACCAGGGAGAAUGUCAAAGAACUCAUCGGCUGCAGAAGAGACAAGACAGCCCUCUACCAAGCAAGCGACGGCGACAAAUAUGUCGAAGCCUACAUAGUCGACACGCUCAAAACUAUUUUAAAAACCCUAAAAGAAACAUUUCUCGUGUUAGGAGCACAAAUUGCAGACAAAGUAAAUGAAAUCAAGGAAGCUGUCGGAGAGCGUGCCACGGUGCUCAAAACCCAACUUGAAGAUCUCAAGGGGCAGCUCGGUGAAGCAGCUGGUGACUUGAAGAAGGAGGUCCUGGAGAUAGUUCGACCUGAGAAGUUGGCGCCGUACGGCUUGUCUGACGCUUCUUCAGCCGUUUUAGAAAACCUGGCUACUCUAAUCAACAGGUUGCAGAGUUUCUUGGACAAGGUGCAGAAACUUGCAUGGGAGAAGUGGGUGAAGAUAGAGGAGAACAUUCGUGACCUGAGGAGCGGGAUCAAGCAAAGCAUAGAGAAGCUUGAACUCACUCUACACACAGAAGAUCUGCUGAAAAUUACAAAAAUUUCCUUGUGAAUCUACCGAAUGCGAUUUUUUUUUGUUUUAAUAAAAGUAAAUAAACUAAUAAAA